AGACAGAGGGAGAAGCCUACUGGAUGCUCUGACUGGGUCUAUACUCUGUAGAUACACAUCCCAAGUUUUGAAACUUGCCCAAGUUCCAUACUAAUGGCGAUAAGAACUCUUCUUCGCGCCAGAAGUUGUACUCACUAUUUCCCCCUCAAAAUCCUCCAUCACAAUCACACACAACCCACGAAAUCCAAAAUCUUCCCACAUCAUCCCCUUCCAUUAUUCUCUGCUCAUCACUUCACAUCCCUUUUGCACAAAACUAAUUUCACUUCCAUUUCAGACGCCCCACACUCUAAUUCACACCUACUAAUAAGUGAACUCUCUCGCAUCCUAAGCGAUUACAGAAAUCCCCACAACGACAUUGAAUCAGCUCUCAAUCCUUUCUCCGACAAGAUUUCGGCUAAUAUAGUUGAACAAGUCCUUAAACGCUGCAAAAAUCUUGGGUUUUCAGCUCACAGAUUCUUCAUAUGGGCAAAUAAAUUAUCGGGGUUUUAUCAUAGUAAAGAAAGCUAUCACAUUCUUGUUGAUAUUUUAGGAAAUAGCAAACAGUUUUCUUUGUUAUGGGACUUUCUUUUUGAGUUAAAAAGGAACAAAUCUUGUGAAUUAGGUCAAGAUAUUUUCUGGAUUGUCUUUAGGUCUUAUAGUAGAGCUAAUUUGCCUGUUGAUGCAAUUAGGAGUUUUGAUAAAAUGAUUGAUUUUGGGAUUACCCCGAGUGUAGUGGAUGUUGAUCAGCUUUUGCUUGCAUUAUGUAAAAGAAAGCAUAUGAAAGAAGCGAAACAGUUCUUUGAUAUAGUUAAAGAUGAGUACAUGCUGAGUGUGAAAUCUUACAGCAUUAUGAUGAGGGGAUGGGGAGAAAUGGGAGAAGUAGUUGAAGCACAGAAACUGUUUGAUGAAAUGCUUGAGAGAGGGUUUGCAGUUGAUUUGUUAGCUUAUAACAGCAUUUUGGAGUCUCAGUGUAAGGCUGAAAAAAUGGAUGAUGCCUAUAACUUGUUCGUGAAGAUGAGGUCCAUGGGACUAAAACCUGAUGCUUUUACAUAUGCAGUUUUUAUUCGUGCUUAUUGUGUAAAAGAUGAUAUUCAUUCAGCUUUUAGGGUCCUUGAUCGGAUGAAAAGGUACAAGCUUGUGCCUAAUGUAUUUACGUACAAUGUUAUCAUCAAGAAGCUUUGCAAGAGUGACAAGGUUGAGGAUGCUUACCAACUGAUAGAUGAGAUGAUUGAACGAGGGGUAAAACCUGAUUGUUGGAGUUAUAAUACAAUCCUUGCUUGUCAUUGUGAUCAUAGCGAAGUCAAUUUGGCACUUAGGCUGAUCUCAAGAAUGGAGAAGAACGGUUGCCUGCCAGAUCGGCAUACAUAUAACAUGGUGCUUAAAAUGCUCAUAAAGGUCGGAAGGUUUGAUAGAGUUGAGAAAGUAUGGGAGAGUAUGGAAGGCAGGAAAUUUUAUCCUUCGGUCUCAACAUACGCUGUUAUGAUACAUGGUCUCUGUCAGAAGAAAGGCAAACUUGAGGAAGCAUGUAAAUAUUUUGAAAUGAUGAUAGAUGAAGGGAUCCCGCCAUAUGGUGAAACCUGUGAAUUAUUGCGGAAUAGACUUAUAGGUUUAGGAUUUGCAGAGCAAAAAGAGAUUCUUGCGGAUAAGAUGGAAAGAAGUACUUCUUGUUUAAUUCAAGAGCUAACAAACAUAAUGAGAGGAAACAAGGCCCGUGCCAGAUUGAGACGUGAAGAAGAAUACUCUGAUAGUGAUAAGUAAAGGAGUUUAAUGUGCCGGAGAAGUAGAAUAGCCUCAAUCCCUUUGGUCAAGGUGAUACAUAUUCUUAAUGCCUGUUGUUUGUUUGCCGCCGCAUGCUUGACAUUUCUCUGUUUGCUUUUACUGGUAGCAGCUAGUGAUGCUGACUUGGUCGUUCUUGGAGGCUACUUCUCGCAGAGAUGGAAAACUGUAGCCUAAGCGGCAAAACUUUCCUAACUGAUCUUUGUUAUAGCAAGCUGUAGCAAAAAAGGUGCUGUGAUGAGUUUCUUGAUCCGUACCCAAAUAAAUGACUCUAUUUGCUUGUAAAGGAUCUAGAUGUGGUGCAGCAGAAAAGCACCAGGUUUGCAAGAAUAUUGACCUCAAGUUGCAUAACGAGCUUAUUGAGGUUCUAUGAGUGGAUAUGUGGAUUUGGACAACUGGCUUUCUUAGUAAAGGAAUGACGGACAUGUAGUUAUCACUUGGAAUCCCAGGUAAACAUUGGGCUCUGAUGAAAUGUUGUGUUAAGCCACUUGGCUGAAGAGCGAUCACUUUACAAGAAUAAACAAGGGCAGCAAGAUUGUUAGCUACUUAAAUUAGCCUGUCAACCACUGCUCGAGGACACCUUUAAGAGUUUCCUUUAUUGUUUGUAAAUCAAGGCAUCUUUGAAAUGCUCAAAUGCUAUCUGUUAGGAUCGGGAACCCGGGUAGUGUGGAAGUUAGCCAAA